AUGGACAUCGAGAAGCGCUCCGCCAUUACUGGCUCUAUUUCCGAUCAGCUGGGAAAAUGGAGUCUCGUUGCCUUUGGCUGCACGGCUGCUUUUUAUCUCAUCUGGCAGAUGAUGUUUCGGUUCAACCGCCACCUUCGUCUCAUAUCUAGCUUUGGAGACACCAGGCAGCGGUACUUUAUCUCCGCCCAUGGCACAUUCGCAUGGUUCAAAGAGCAUAUCAUCUAUGCUCCUCUGUUCCGCAACCGCCACAACCGCGAAUUCCAGCUGUCGUCGGCGAUUAACAUGGGAAACCUCCCCAGUCGAGUCCAUGGCGCGCUGACCUUCGGUCUUAUUGGGAUGAAUGUCGCUCUCUGCGUGGUGAAGCUUCCGUAUUCGUUGGGCAGCGAGGCGGUAGUCGGAGCCGUGAUCAGUCGCACCGGUACUCUGGCCACGAUCAACUUGAUCCCUCUUAUGAUCAUGGUUGGUCGAAAUAACCCUCUGAUUUCCCUUCUGCACGUGCCAUUCGAUACGUGGAAUCUCCUUCAUCGCUGGCUCGGUCGUGUUGUCGUUUUGGAAGGCGUUGCGCAUACCCUUGCUUGGGCAGUGUCCAAGGCUCAGACGAUGGGCUGGAGUGUUGUCAACGAGGCUGUGAUGGGCGAGAGUUUCCUGUGGCAUGGCUUGAUGGGUACCGUGGCGUUGGGUGCGCUAUUCGUGCACUCCCCUUCGCCGCUCCGCCAUGCUUUCUAUGAAACGUUCCUCUCUCUCCACAUCAUCUUUGCAGCAGUUUGUAUGGGCGGGCUAUGGGUGCACCUUGAUGGUAUGCCAUCCCAGAAUUACCUGCUCGCCGCUAUCAUUCUCUGGAUUGUGGAACGCUUCAUCCGCCUUGUGACCAUCAUCUACCGCAAUAUCGGUAGCAACUGCACUACGGCAACCGUCGAAGCCUUAUACGGCGAUGCAAUGCGAAUCCACCUUCGUCUGGCACGCCCCUGGACCGUCCGACCCGGCCAACACCUCUAUCUCUACAUCCCAGCCAUAGGCUGGUGGACCUCGCACCCAUUCUCUGUCGCUUGGAGCGAACAGACGGUCCUAAAUGAGAAGGGUCUCCCCGUCUCGUCUGGAGACUCCUUUGACUACGCCAAACAGGAAACCAUCUCCCUCCUCGUCCGCCGCUGCACCGGCCUAACCGACAAGCUGUUUCUCAAGGCCCUCGCCACGACGGGCCUGAAACUGCGUGCCUUUGCCGAGGGACCCUACGGCAGCAUCCACUCGAUGGACUCCUACGGCACCGUCAUGCUCUUCGCCGGCGGCGUGGGGGUAACCCACCACAUCCCCUUUGUGCGCCACCUCGUUGCCGGCCAUGCAGAGGGCACGGUGGCUGCCCGCCGCGUGACGCUCGUGUGGAUUAUUCAGUCGCCAGAGCAUCUGGAGUGGAUCCGGCCGUGGAUGACGCAGAUUCUGGCCAUGGAUCGCCGCCGCGAGGUCCUGCAGAUCAAGCUGUUUAUUACUCGGCCGCGCAGCGCGAAGGAGAUCCAGAGCCCGUCUUCUACGGUGCAGAUGUUCCCCGGCCGACCUAAUAUCGACACGCUCGUUGGCAUGGAGGUUGAGAACCAGGUUGGGGCGAUGGGCGUGCUAGUCUGUGGAAAUGGUAGCUUGAGCGAUGAUGUGCGUCAAGUGUGUAGGAGGCGGCAGUCCGGGUCCAACCUUGACUAUAUCGAAGAGAGCUUUUCGUGGUAG